ACUUGGCGGGAUCAACUCUUCACCAAGUAAGGUCAUCAAACGGGUCACUUGAACUAGUGACCUUCCAAUCAAUAGCUUUCCUUGUUGGCAAGAAAGCAUUGACAACGUCGAGGCUCGAGAAAUCCCAAAACAAAGUUUGGGCGCCUGCUUCAGAUAAAAAAGAUUAGGAAUAAUGACCAAAAAAUUCAUUACAUCCGAGGGAAGAUAAACCAAACCCAUACCACUCCAACAAUGUACACACUUCACCUUAGCCAAGGCCAACUUCUUGUUCAAACCCCCAACAACCGCACCUGUAACCUCUCUUACCACAGUAAACACGAUCCCACUGUCCUUAACAAAGGGGCUUAACUCCCACUGCACACAACCAUCCAAAAUACUAUAGCCAAAACAACUAAAUAGCCCGAAAAACAACCAAAAGGGGCUAAGACAUACCAUAACAAAAACUUAGGCAAGUAAACUCUGAUAAAUACUAAGAACAAACAUUCUUAAGAAAGGGAACAAAAACAAGAGGGGAGCACCGUCCAACCCAACAACCCGAAACCACUUACACUAGGAACCUCGAAACCCUAGUCCUAACUUCACCGUUUCCGUCACUAACUACUCUUGACGGCGGCGUUAGACCUAGCCCUCCGGUGCAAGAACACACGAAACCCUAACCCUAACUUUACCGUUUUCGUCACGGUCAAAAUUACCGAUGACCUUUAUGACGGCGGCGUUAGGCCCAGUCCUUAGGCCUUGUUUCACCGGCGGGGAGACCCUUUGAACGAACACAAACCUUCCACACAAAGGUGGGCAACGGCGACGGAGGUGGACGAUCUACACACUCCCCUCAUAACCUUCGAAACUUAGACAAGGCUCUCACACACACCUCCAAAGGAUUAAAAUCCUCAAGAGGAAAGAGGAUAAAGGAGUGAAGGAGCCUCCAAUUCCAACAAGGGGAAAAGAAAAUAAAGGGGAAGAGAAACAAGAACCAAGAGAAGAAAAAAAAAACCAGAGGGGGAGAAAGAGGACGCGGCGGCGGAGCUCCGGCGGCCGUCAAAGUUGGAGGCCACCUCAGAGCAUGGCGAAGAGAGGAGGCGACGCGAAAAACUCAAGACACGGCCUACUCACCCGUGACUCACACGCAAAUUACAAGAAGAAAGAAGGGGGGAACCUCGCCGGAGAAACGGUUGCGGCGUCGGAUCUCCGGCGUGCCUUAGGUUUCCGGUAGAAAUUCCCUUUAGAUGAGGAGAGAGAAUAGAGAGUUUGGGGAUGAGGAGAGAGAACAGUGAAUGUCUCUACCCUAUAUUACGAAAUAGAGGGAUUAUAUUAUAGGGUCAAGAUUGUACAUUGAAAAAUAUACUAAAUUUGAUUGUAUUAAUUAUUAUGAAAUUAAGGGUUAUGUACAAUAAUCAUUGUUAUUUAUUAAUAAUUCUUUUGUUUUUUUUAAGAUGCAACACUUUCUAAAUAAGAAAGUCUCAAAUUAGAUGCAUCAUUUUCCUUUUUAAUUACUCCGUAAUAGAUUUUUUUUAUUCCUCUCAUAUCACAUGAGUCCCCUUUUUUACUUUCUCUCUCUCAUAUCUCUAAAAAAUGUUUAAGAAUCCAUGUUUUUGCAAAUGAUGCUUUAAAAAUAAUCAGAAAAAAUAUAUACUUAAUUAAAGAGUUAAAUCAAACCAUUAUGUAAGUAGUAAAAAAAGUAAAAGUGUAAAUAAAGAUAUAAUUAAUCUGUAAAAUUUUUGUUAUAAAAAUCAAAUGAACCAAACAGAGCCUUAAUUUUGAGUUCGAUUUUGGUCAUUUGUGUUGGUAGUACGAUAUGGUAUAAGGCUAAAAAUGGCGUGUUGUCCAAGUAUAAAUCUUACAUUAGUGUUCCCUCCUAAUCCUAUCACUCUCAAUCCCAAUCACUCACUACGGAGUUCUUUCUAUUACUGUACGUUGUUUUUUUUUUCAGAACUCAACUACCAUCUUUUUGAUUUCGACUACACUGUUUUUCCCCCCUUUUUUUUUUUUUUUUUAAACUCAAAAUUACAAUAACUCAAUAGCUCCAUUUUCUUAAUUUCAAUUUUCCAGAUUUUCUCUCUCCCCUUUUCUCUUCCACUCUAACUUUCGUUUGCUAUUCUACUAACAAGCUGAGCUAAUUAAGAGGAGGACCUCUUCAAUUUUGCUAGUGAUGGAAGUCGGAGUUACGAAGAAGACAAUGAUGAAGCGGUGGAAAACGGUCGAUGGAAGUGGAGGUUCAACAAUUCAGAUGGAGUUACGACGGCCACCGUGUUGUACAAGGCCGGCGUGGCUACUGACCACCCUUGCUGAUUUAGACCAGAAGAUAAGCAUUUUAGUGCAUAGCUCUGGUAAUGACAAUGAUGAAGGCCAAGCAGACACCUUCGCGCAAAGAGCAGAGGCUUAUUACCAGCAACGUCCCCAAUUAUUAUCUCUCCUCUUAGACCUCUACAAUGCCUACCUUUCCUUGGCUGAACGUUACUGUCAAUCUCUACACAAGCAUGACAAUCAAGCUCAUCCCUCUAUUUACCACCACAGGGCGUUUUCCACCUCCGAGAAUGUCUCAGUUGUUUCAUCUUUCCAUGAUAACCACAGUGAAGAAGACUGCCAAUCAGAUGCCGAAAGCUCACUUUCCUACCAAUUACCAUCUGGAACUUCAGUUACAGCGAGUUCUCAGUACAACAUUCUUAGUGACGCAAUCAUAGCAGAGUUGGUCAUCAAGAAUGUGGAAUAUGAUUUUAUGGUUGAUGAGCUUGUGAUAACCGAAAGGCUAGCCAGUGAUUCAUCGAGGAAGGUAGAGCUACAGAGGAGUCUACUAGAGGUGCUAGAAUCCGAGAGGCUAAUUCUCCUAAAUGAAAAUGCAGGACUGAGGUACAAAGUGGGUGCUCUAAUCGACGAGAACAAAGGACUAGCAUCAGAGUCCAUGUUCAUGAAGAAGAAGGCAGGAGAAUUAGCUAGGUGUGUUUUAAAGAUGAGGGAGGAUCAUCGAGUCUGCAUGCUUAGCCGUAAAAUUGAGGAGCUUCAAGGGAAGAUUUACGGUUUAGAGAGGAGAAACCGAGAGUAUUAUCAGCAGUUGGUGAAGCAAGAGAAGACACAAUGCUGGGCGUGCAAAGAAACUGGUAACACGAGUAUGGGCGAGGUGCUAAAAACCAAAGAUGUAGAGGCUGUCAGCACAGAAGCUUGCUUUCAAGAGGAUAAAGAAAGAAGCAUACAUAAGAAAGGUGUGAGAAUUCCUAAGUUUUGGGAGAAGGUUAAAAGUUCUGAUUUGUUAUUCCUUUGCAAACCACAUCCAUCUAGAUCUGUUGGUCGUUGAUUAAGGAUAUUUUCGCUGUCGAAUACACUAGGUAGGCUACUAGAAAUACCAUGAGUCUUAAUUUGAUGUUCAAAUCUAAUUAUGAUAGUAAGUUGGUCAGUUGGUUUGAGAUUCAGAUUUUACUCCGUAUGUGAGUAAGACGAUGAAAGUAAGUACCUAGUACCAGGUAUUUUGUAAAAAUAACAGCAACAACUUAUCUGUUAUGUAAUUAUAAUUUAUAUCACUUUUCUUAUUAAUUGCAACGUUAAUUUUCAUACUGC